GAGGAGGCCAGAAGCGCCUGGGAGUCGGGCCUGGACGGGUGACCGGGAGUCGCGGCAGCCGCAGCGGAACGACAUGGCGGAGACGGACCCCAAGACCGUGCAGGACCUCACCGCCGUGGUGCAGACCCUCCUGCAGCAAAUGCAGGACAAGUUCCAGACCAUGUCUGACCAAAUCAUCGGCAGGAUCGAUGACAUGAGUUGCCGCAUCGACGACCUGGAGAAAAACAUUGCGGAUCUCAUGACCCAGGCCGGAGUGGAGGAACUGGAAGGAGGAGAAAACAAGGCAGCCACUACCAAGACUUCAUCCUGCCAAUAAUCUAUGAUGGUCCCAGAAAAGAGACCUUUUUACAAGCCUACGCUGAUUUUUCAGACCCCAUUUUUGUUUUAUUUUUCUGUUUUUCCAACAAGUAGUGUGUAUAAGCAUUUUUCUACAGCUGUAGAACUUGCGUUCUUAAUGUACCUUGUAUAACUAGAUUUGGAACAGUUUCUAUUCUGACUUCUUGUGCAUUGUGAGUUUCAUGCACUUUUUGGAAUGGACAUGUUCUAUACUGAUUUCAAUUAUUAAAACAUUAAUUUGGUAGCUUGAUGGAUCAAAUACAAUGUUAAUGUUAUACAAGUGGACUUUUGUGAAUUUGGAUGUAAAAACUUUCCUUUUCCUGGUUACCUUUUUGUAAUUCUUUUUAUGUAGUGGGUCAAACGUAUUGUGCUUUCUAUCAGCCUAUUUUGUGCACAAGGAUGAAAAUGUGUUCUGAGCCAUUUACCCGAUUAUUAGUAAGAAGUUUAAAGUAGGAAACAAUCCAUUUUGGAUCUCUUGAGCUGUAACUCUUCUUCAUUUUGUAUUAUCGAUUUCAGGAAAUUGAUAAUUGAAAAAAUUGAACAGUUAAUAAUUUAAAAGUAAAUUGUCACUAAUAUUGGCCUGGAAGCCUGCAUUUUGUUAUUGGGGGGGGGGUACCCCUUAAGCAGGACACUUGAUAGUUCUAACUGUGGAGACCAGUUCUUUGGAUUUAUAAUAAAAUGCAUAUUUUCUUUCAAUUAGACUUCUGUCCCCGGAGUGACAAUUGGCCUUUACAUCUUGGUCGUUGCAAAGUGAUUGCUGAGUUGCAUCUAAUAUUGAAGCUGUUCUAAUGCCCUAAAUGCGACUUUAUGAAAUCACUGCUGAAAAAGCCCUUUAGUGUACAAAUAAAAUCUCCCUAUGAUGGCUUUGAAAUCGCUGUAAAGGAAGGGAUGCAUUUUAAUCCAGAGUUUGAUGGAAUUGGGAUAAGUGUGUCCAGCAAUUGAGGCUGAUUCCACUGGGAUCCUUAAAAUGUACAGCUUUAGCUAAAAGGUAAACGGGGACAGUUGUUGUAAACAUGCUAAAAUUCUCAAGUUACUCUGUGCAGCCUUCUUACAGAAAACUCCGUGUUUGGAGUACUAAGCUGUUGAGGAUAUGAGCGGAUUAGGGCAUUACUGCCUAGCUCCUAAAGCUGCAGAAUAAACUUGCCACAGCUCAGAAGGACCCUAUCCUGGGUGUGUUUGUUUCAGAAGAAGGUCAAGUUUUUUAUUGGGAGGCAUGGAAGGACCAUUAAAAAAAUGAACAGUUAUCCCUUGCUGGGGUGGAUAUACUGUAGACAUUUUCCUUGAUUCAGGACUCCGUUCUUCAUUCCAAGUUUGGAUCUUUGCUUCUUUUAUGCCCUCUGGUGUGGUUGGUUCCCUCGUACACCACAGCGGCUGAACAAAAGAGUUUGCCAUAACUUGUGCUCGAUCGCGCAAAAAUACGGAAAAGAAACUUGUGUCCCCCUAAGCCCAACCUGUUCCUGUGUAUUCGUGGGUCUGCUGUAUGAGAAAUGUGGAGAGCAAAUUUUCUGGGUUGCAUGGGAAAAAUGUUAACAGGGAUAAUUGGCCAACACCAGGUGCCAGUUUGGCUUUUGAAAAAGCUCUCUUCCAAUACGGAUGGAAGCAGCUGCUUGCAAAACAAAACUUUUUCUCUCUCUCUCGCUGGAAGAUUUCUGCUGAAUAUUUCUUAAUGGAGCAGAGUAAAAAGAGAAAGACAUUUCUUCAGUGUUCCUAGAGUUAGUAGAAAUGAACACAUUCAGUCACCGCUGAAGAGUGGAACUGUCACCGUAAGAUCCAUUUAUUUUUUUAAAAACAAUCAUGGCACUUGUGAUGUUUGGUGGUACCUGAAUAAUCGUUUUUCAACUGGUCAGUGAAGUCAUCGUAGUUGUGUUACAAGAAAGGCAGAAGAAGAUGGUUUAAAAUAAAUACCCUUGUAUAACCAGCCUUAGAUCUUUCUGACCCUGCUGUUAAACAUGUCUAAAUAAAUUGCUGAAAUGGC